AUGGGUUCUCUAGACUCUAUCGACAUUGUUUCUGCUCGCCUCAAGGGCAAGGAGUUGCACGUACCUAAUCUUCAAGACAUCUUUGCCCACUGGCCGUCCCGUCUCAGCCCCCACCAGGCAGAGCUCACCGAGAUCAUCAACCGCAAGCUUGACGAAUGGAUCAAGGAUCCCAAGACACGCCUCAAGGCAGACAAGUGCGACAUUCCCGUCUUUACUUCGAGAUGGUGGCCCUCCGCCUCUGUCGACGCAGCCCUCUGCGCCGCGUUCUACAACCUCUGGCUCUUCAUCUGGGACGACGCCCUUGACGGCGAGGAUGCCAUGCACGACAUGGCUAGCACUAGAGAGCUGCACAGGCAGGCCAUCGCCUUCAUCGAGCACAAGCUCGGCCUCGCCGCAGCCGGAUGUGGACGGCCCACGGCGCCGCCGCCCGUGGCCCCUUCCGAGGCGACGGCCGUCGUGUUCGACUUUAUCGGGGAGCGCCUAUGCGCCGGACACAGCGAGGCCGGGCGCCGGCGCUUCUUCCGGGAGAUCGAGUAUUACAUGCGCUGCUGCGAGGUCGAGCAGAGCCACUACUACGAGGGGGUGCUGCCGUCGGUCGAGGAGUACUGGGCGCAGCGCAGGGGCACGACGUCGGUGUAUUCCAGCGCGGCGUUGGCUGACUUCCUGGCCGGAGUGCAGCUUCCUGAGGAGCUUUUCCAGACUCGAGAGCUCGAGGCUCUGUGGGAUGAGCAUAACAACAACAUAUCGAUCGUCAACGAUAUACUGUCCCUGAAGAAGGAAAUAGUGAGUGAUAUCCCUUCAGACAUUCUUCCACACGAGGGCACCGCUCACACUAAGUCACACCACCAGCAUGUCGGCGCCCACAGCAAUAUUAUCCCGAUCACUAUGCAAGCGACAGGCAAGGAUCUAGAUGCCAUUGUCCAAGAUCUCGUCGAGCAAGUACGCGAGUCGGUAGCCAAGUUUGACCGUGCCGCCGCCGGCCUGUUGGCCAUGGUAGCCGGCGAUGCAGGCAUGCAUGAGAAUGUCGAGGAGUACAUCGAAGUGCUACAGACCAACCUAACGGGAAACUACUACUGGUCAUUGGGAUGUGCUAGAUACGGUAUCACCAAGUAUAUCCAGAAGGAUGGUUCUCUGAUCAUUCCGCUCUAG